GGCGGACUGUAGACUCCUGUUCGCUUCAAGGCUCGGGAAUACACAACCUCCUCGGACCCGAGUAGCGCAACCGGACAAUAAUGAUAACAUCUUUCUCCUUCUUCUAUCCCCCGUUCGUUGUUUUCGUUGUUGCCUGUUACUUGCAUCAUAAUACACUGCUCAUUGACCGGCCACUCGUUGCUUGUCGCUAUCCCUGGCUGCAAGACCGCAAACCAUUGAUAAACAAACCCGAGUCCGACGCAAGGCCCGAACUUUAUCAGUAACCCACCAAACAUAAAUACUCGCGACAUCCAGAGCCUUCACGCGAUCCAAUCCCUGUUGUCCUUCUCUCCUGACCGACAUUCGUUCGAAAAUGACCCGUUGAGUCGGCGUGCAAGCGCACUAUUCUCUAUUCUUACUCACCGCAUAAGAUAACAAACAUCACAUCAUGAACCCAGAAGGACAAGGCGAGCUGCCUGCCGGUGUCUCUGCCGCAGAAGACAAUCUCGAAGAGAAACAAAGAUCAGAGUAUGGAAUUACUACACAGCACGAAAACGAAACCAGUCUACCCUCAGAUCCCGAGAAACGAACCUCCACGUCCCUCCCUACCACCCCUACGUCCAAAGAAGAAGUCCAUCUCUCGUCGGAAGCCUCACGGUCGGAUGACGGGGCCGACCUCGCCAAGUAUGACUCCAAGAUAGUCCAAGUCCGGGAAGUGCCCGAAGGUGACGCCGCGCUGGCUCACCUGCCCGAGCAUGAGCGAGAAAUUCUGAAGAGACAAUUAUACACUCCGGAAGUCCAGGUCAGCUACAAGACUCUCUAUCGGUACGCCACCACAUGGGACCUGGUUUUGAUCGUUAUUGCGGCCAUCUUUGCAAUCGGCGGUGGAGCCGUCCAACCCUUGAUGACCGUCGUUUUCGGCAACUUGAGUGGUUCAUUCCAGGGCUUGUUUCUUGGUACUCUUCAUGAAUCGUUCGACUCCAUCUUGAACCGAUAUGUGCUGUAUUUCGUGUAUCUUGCCGUCGGGGAAUUUUGCCUUGUCUACAUCUCUACGGUCCUGUUCAUCUAUACGGGUGAGCAUAUUACGUCCAAAGUUCGACAACAGUACCUCCGCGCAAUUUUGCGGCAGAAUAUUGGAUACUUUGACAAACUAGGAGCUGGAGAGGUCACGACUCGAAUUACUUCCGACACCAAUCUGGUGCAGGAAGCCAUCAGCGAGAAAGUGGGGUUGACGCUGGCAGGCGUCGCCGCUUUCUUUUCCGCUUUCAUCAUUGGAUUCGUCAAGUUCUGGAAGUUGACUCUGAUCUGCAUGUCCACCGUGGUGGCCAUUGUCGUGAUCAUGGCCGUGGGUGGGCGGAAAAUGGCUGGCUGGAACAAAAAGUCGCUGGCCUCGUAUGCUGUGGGAGGCUCCGUGGCCGAGGAGGUGCUGGCAUCCAUUCGGAACGCGGUUGCUUUCGGGACACAGGACAAGCUGGCGAAACAAUACAAUGUGCACCUUAUUGAGGCUCGGAAAUGGGGGUUUCGAAGCAAAAGCACAUUGGGUCUUAUGUUGGGAAGUCUGUUGUGCAUUCUUUUCCUGAACUAUGGUCUGGCAUUCUGGAUGGGGUCCCGCUUUCUCGUGGGCGGCGAGACCAAUCUUUCUCACAUCCUCACCAUCAUCCUUGCUGUCAUGAUUGGUGCCUUUGCCUUUGGCAAUGUCGGUCCCAACAUGCAGCAUUUUGCGGCGGGUGUUGGCGCUGCGGCAAAGAUCUACGCCACCAUCGACAGGGAGUCUCCCUUAGACCCCUUGUCCGAGGCCGGUGAAAAGUUGGAUCACGUCGAGGGCACUGUCGAGUUGAGGCAUGUCAAGCACAUUUAUCCUUCGCGGCCUGAAGUGGUGGUUAUGGAGGAUGUUAGCCUCGUCAUCCCUGCCGGAAAAACUACUGCCCUUGUGGGCGCAUCUGGGUCUGGAAAGUCGACCAUUGUCGGGUUGGUGGAGCGAUUCUACGACCCGGUGGGUGGCACAGUCUUGCUGGAUGGGCACGACAUCAGCACAUUGAACCUGCAUUGGCUUCGUCAGCAAAUUUCUCUCGUGCAGCAAGAGCCCAUUCUCUUCAGUCAAACCAUCAAAGACAACAUCAGGAAUGGUUUGAUUGGUUCCAAGUACGAGAAUGAACCCGAAGAACAGCAAACCCAACGUAUCAUCGAGGCGGCCAAGAAGGCCAAUGCGCAUGACUUUAUCAUGUCUCUUACAGACGGGUAUGAGACUCAUGUCGGCGAGCGUGGCUUUUUGCUUUCGGGAGGCCAAAAGCAACGUGUUGCGAUCGCCAGAGCCAUUGUCAGCGAUCCAAAGAUCCUGUUGCUGGAUGAAGCAACAUCAGCACUGGACACAAAAUCCGAAGGGGUCGUCCAGCACGCUCUGGAUGAGGCAGCCAAGGGCCGGACCACCAUCGUCAUUGCUCAUCGCCUGUCAACCAUCAGGACCGCCGACAACAUCGUGGUGAUGCAGAACGGUCGGAUCAUCGAGCAAGGUACCCAUGACGAAUUACUCGCACUAGGCAAGGCAUAUUACAGCUUGGUGUCUGCACAGCGAAUCACCAGCGAUGACGACCGCGAUUCGGAAGAGACUGAAGAAAUGAGUGAGGGCGAAGCGGCCUUGAUGCGGAUUCAGUCAUCGAGAUCAGGGGCUUCGGUCAAGGCAGCGCCCGAGGAUAUCAAGCUGGCCCUGGGAAGAACUAAGAGUAACAAAUCCAUUUCAUCCAGAGUCCUGGCCGACAAGAAGUCACAUGGUGAGACGAGGUAUUCUCUCUGGACUCUGAUAAAGUUCAUGGCAGGCUUCAACCGGUCUGAAUGGCACAUUAUGUGCGUGGGCUUUCUUUUCACCUGCAUUGCCGGGGCUGCGCAACCGGUCCAGGCAGUCUUCUUCUCCAAGUGCAUUGUGGCACUAUCCCGACCACUGAGCCAGCGGCACCAAAUCCGCCACGACGUCGACUUCUGGGCUUUGAUGUACCUCAUGCUUGGGUUGGUGGAUCUCUUGGCCAUGGUCACGCAGGGUGUUGCGUUCGCCUAUUGCAGUGAAAGCCUGAUUCAGCGGGCUCGGGAUGGCGCCUUCAGAAGAUUCUUGAGACAAGACAUAGCAUUCUUUGAUGAAGACGAGAACUCAACCGGAGCCCUAACGUCCUUUCUGUCUACCGAGGCCACCCAUUUGGCGUCAAUAUCUGGAGCCACUCUGGGAACUCUGCUGAGUUGUACAACGACGCUGGUGGUGGCAAUCGUGGUAUCUCUUGCCAUCGGCUGGAAACUCGCACUGGUCUGCAUGUGUGCGCUACCAGUCAUUCUGGGCUGUGGAUUCUUCCGGUUUUGGGUGAUUGCCAAGUUUUCUGCCGUUGCUCAGAAAUCCUACGAGAAGUCGGCGGGUUAUGCCUGCGAGCACACCAAUGCGAUUCGGACUGUGGCCUCUUUGACCACCGAAGAGCAGAUCUUUGCCGAGUACCAAAACCAACUGCGGACCCAGCUGCGCGCCUCUUUGAAAUCCAAUAUCCGCAAUUCGUCUCUUUAUGCAGCGUCGCAGUCGUGCAUGUUUCUGGCUUUCGCAUUGGGCUUUUGGUACGGCGGCAAACUUCUGGCGCGCGGGGAGUACUCCAUGUUUCAGUUUUUCAUUGUCUUUUCCGAAAUCAUCUUUGGCGCGCAGUCGGCGGGCACGGUGUUUUCGUUUGCAGGCGACAUGUCGUCGGCCAAGAACGCGGCGGCUGCAUUGAAGAGGUUGUAUGAUCGAAAACCAACCAUUGACCCUUGGUCCGAGGAUGGUGAAGCCGUGCCAGAAGUCCGGGGCGACAUUGAGUUCCGCGACGUUCACUUCCGAUAUCCAACGCGACCUGAUGUGCCGGUGCUCCGUGGCCUGAAUUUGACGGUCAAGGCGGGGCAAUAUAUUGCUCUUGUGGGAGCAUCAGGUUGUGGCAAGUCGACGACGAUUGCGCUGCUGGAGCGGUUUUACGACCCUCUUGCUGGAGGAAUCUUUGUGGACGACAAAGAAAUCUCGACUCUCAAUCUGAACGAGUACAGAUCACAUCUUGCACUCGUGUCGCAAGAGCCAGCACUGUAUCAAGGCACGAUCAAGGACAACGUGUUGCUUGGUCUGGACCGCGGUGGGAUCAGCGACGAACGUGUCGUGCAAGCUUGCAAGGAUGCAAACAUUUACGACUUUAUCAUGUCGCUACCUGAUGGCUUCGCCACCGAUGUCGGUAGCAAAGCAGCCCUACUGUCCGGCGGGCAAAAGCAGCGGAUUGCCAUCGCUCGGGCUCUGCUCCGAAAUCCCAAAAUUCUUCUGUUGGACGAAGCAACUUCGGCUCUUGACUCGGAGUCGGAAAAGGUGGUCCAAGCCGCCCUGGACGACGCGGCUAAAGGCAGAACGACUAUCGCCGUGGCUCAUCGACUGAGCACGAUUCAGAAGGCCGAUGUCAUUUAUGUCUUUGACAAGGGUGUCAUUGCCGAACAGGGUACGCAUCACGAGUUGAUGGCUUUGAAGGGUCGGUAUCGAGAAUUGGUCAGUCUGCAGAGUCUAGAGAAGAGACAUUGAGCAGACAUCUAUUGAUGUCGUGUGUUAUAAUUCGAUCAGCAGCGUGGCGAGGCGAGAUAACGCGUUUGACCAACAGCGGUGUGGUGCUCGUCCGCAUGUGUGGUCUCAUGAGGAAUAAACCGGAUUCAAAGCUGUGCCGGUCCAACCUGACUGUGCUUGCCACAGUCCUUGCAAGACCCCCAUUUCAUGCAUGGCCUUGCAUUCACAAUAUGAGGAAAAUGUGUGCGACCGGGAGGACUCGACCGUAUCGUGUGACAGUGCGAGUUAAUACUGGUGGGAUGGAGAGGGUACAAACACUAUGGCAUAGAUGACGGAGGAGGAGGUCGAUUACGACGACGGGAUCACGAUCACAAUCACAAUCACAAUCACACACAUCAAAAAAGUCUCGUUUCUUCUCGUUCAGAAGGCGCAGAAGGCGGUCGACCGGCUGGAGCCGGUCAGUGGAGAGCGUUUGAUCUUUCUUCACCACCUCAGCUCAACCCCAAUUAAAUCUAAUCGAUGAGAUAACCAUGCGCUUUUUUCUUCUUCAUCAAAGUUGCUUCGUAUGCCAUUCUUUCAGUUUGUCGUACAAUGGAAUGCUGUCGGCACUGCGUCAAUAUACUGUAACUUUGUGUGAUAUUGGUAGCUUGGAAUGCUGAGGUGAUGAUGGCAUGCAGUGGUGUGCCCUUUUGUAGGUAUUACCUAUGGACUGAACCGAUGUUGUUUUGCAUUGCGCUAUUGCAGCUGAGCUUCAUCUUGAUAUAAGGGUGUGGAGUGUCUGCUGGGUAACUUGUUGAUGGUAGUAGUGGUAGUGGUAGUGGUAGUGGUGGUCCUGGUCCAGGUCCUGGUCCUGCCUAGGUGGUCUAAUCUUUGUCACUAUUACUCAACCCUCGUUCCUCCAUGACUU